UGAGCGCACGGCAGUUCCGACUCGUCUUCACCACGGAACAACAUGAAUGUAAGUUUUGUCGCAUGUUUGAACCCCAGGGAACUGGAAGUUCUUUAGUUAUAUGUCUUUGUGUGUGUGAGGGAGACAGGGAACAUUCCACAUGAAGCACCACACCCUCUGUGCUGCCUUCAGGGACACCUGGACAUGUCUAACAUAUUUCUGUCUGGCAGCUCUCGGACGCUCUUGAUGAGGGGGCCAACAACCAAUCAGCAGGUCUUUGGCCCAAUCCGUCCUCAGGCACCAACCCUGCCUGGCCCGGUGCACCACCUGGAGGUGCGGGUUCAGGGGGGUGGCCUGCACAGGGUGGAAGCUCCGGGGGGUGGCCUGCACCGCAGGGUGGAAGUUCCGGGGGGUGGCCUGCACCUGCACCUGCACCGCAGUCCGGAGGUGGGGCCUCAUGGGGGUCAGGAGGGCAGUCUGGACCGCAGUCCGGAGGUGGGAGUUCAGCGGGUGCAGGGGGAUGGCCUACACCUCAGGGUGGAAGUUCAGGGGGGUGGCCUGCACCUGCACCGCAGUCCGGAGGUGGAGGUUCAGGGGGUCCAGGGGGAUGGCCUACACCGAGGUGGGGGUUCAGGGGGCUCAGGGGGUUGGCCUGCACCCGGAGGUGGGGGUCCAGGGGGGUCAGGGAGUUGGCCUGCACCGCAAUCCGGAGGCGGACCCAGUCCCUCCCAAGGAGGUGGGGGUCCAGGGGGGUCAGGGAGUUGGCCUGCACCGCAAUCCGGAGGCGGACCCAGUCCCUCCCAAGGAACUGGGCCCAAACCAACUUCACUGGCGGUGCCCUUCAGUCAAAGCUUCCCCCAUGGACUGAGAUCAGGAACUAACAUCUCUAUCAGCGGAAAGAUCAAAGCCAACCCUAACAAGUUCGUUGUGGAUUUCGGCUCGUCGCGGGACUUGGCCUUCCACUUCAACCCUCGCUUCAACGAGUACGGCAAGAAGGUGGUUGUGAGGAACAGCAGGAUCAGCAACAAAUGGGGGCCGGAGGAGCGACACCUGGACGGUCGCUUCCCCUUCACGGCGGGUCAACCUUUCCAGAUGAGGAUCCAGUGCACCGACCAGAUGUUCAAGGUCUUCGUGGACAGCAAUCCCCCGCUGGAGUUCAAGAAUCGCGGGACACCGUUAGGAAAAGUCGACAAGCUGACCAUCUACGAAGACGUCACGCUGUCGCAGGUCAACAUCAACUGACCUUUCACCCCAGCAUGACCUUUCACCCAAGCCUGACCUUUCACCCCUCAAGCUUCCUGCUUAAGUCAAGCCAAAUAAAAAAUUGUUGAGGAGACUUUUUCCUUAUUGUUUGAAAA